AUGAAUAAUCCAAUGCUAAAACCCCAAACAACACCUUACCAUCAUCCACAACAUCUCAUCCCACAAAUCAAAAACUGCAAAACCCUCCAACAAUUGAAGCAACUUCACGCCAUUUUCAUCAAAACAAACAAAACAAAUGACCCAACAGUAUCAACAGAGCUUCUCAAACUCUCAGCAACCUCAGAUUUUCGUGACCCAAUUUACGCACUCUCUCUGUUCGACCAAAUGUCCCAACCAAAUUGCUUUGCUUGGAACACUGUCAUAAGGGCACUUGCUGAUAGCAGCAGUAAUGCUGAUAAUGCCUUGUUGAUUUUUUGUAAGAUGCUGUCUGAUGGAGUUGUGGAGCCUAAUGGAUUCACUUUUCCUUCUGUUUUGAAGGCUUGUUCGGUUGUUGCUGGGUUGGAAGAAGGGAAACAGGUUCAUGGGUUGGUUGUUAAGUUGGGGUUUGUUGAUGAUGAAUUUGUUGUUAGUAAUUUGCUUAGGAUGUAUGUCAUGUGUGGGAGUACUGAGGAUGCUGGUGUUUUGUUUCGGAGGAGUGUUGAUUGUGUGAGUGAUGGUAAUGAAAUGGUAGUGAGAGGUAAAAGGAGGCAAGAGGGUAAUGUUGUUCUGUGUAAUGUUAUGAUUGAUGGGUAUGUAAAAAUUGGGAAGAUUGAUGCUGCUAGGGAGUUGUUUGAUAAAAUGGUCGAGAGAAGUGUGGUUUCUUGGAAUGCGAUGAUUUCUGGGUAUGCUCAAAAUGGGUUUUUUAUGGAGGCAGUUGACCUUUUUCAUAGGAUGAUGGAGAUGGGAGAUGUGUUGCCAAAUCGGGUGACUUUGGUUAGUGUGUUGCCUGCGAUUUCACGGCUUGGAGCACUUGAGUUAGGGAAAUGGGUGCAUUUGUAUGCUGAGAGGAAUGGUGUUCGGAUUGAUGAGGUUCUUGGUUCUGCUCUUGUUGAUAUGUAUGCUAAAUGUGGGAGCAUUGAGAAGGCUAUUCAGGUCUUCGAGAGGCUGUCAAAAACUAAUGUUAUCGCUUGGAAUGCUAUCAUUGGCGGUCUUGCAAUGCAUGGUAAAGCCAAAGAUGUGUUGGAUAGUUUUUCGAGGAUGAAGAGCAGUGGAGUAUCACCUAGUGAUGUUACUUACAUAGCAAUCUUGAGUGCUUGUAGCCAUGCUGGUUUAGUCGAAAAGGGGCGAUCAAUUUUCAAUGACAUGGUUAAUAGGGUUGGAUUAGAGCCUAGAAUAGAACACUAUGGAUGCAUGGUUGACCUCCUAGGACGUGCUGGUUAUCUAAAAGAGGCCGAGGAGCUUAUCACGAAUAUGCCAAUAAGACCCGAUGAUGUCAUAUGGAAGGCCUUGCUCGGUGCUUGUAAGAUGCAUAAAAACGUCGAAAUUGGUAGACAUGCGGCUGAGGUUUUAAUGAAACUUGCUCCUCAUGAUAGUGGGGCAUAUGUGGCUCUCUCGAACUUGUAUGCCUCGGCGGGAAAUUGGGAUGGAGUGGCGGAGGUGAGACUGAUGAUGAAAGAGUUGGAUAUAAGAAAAGACCCUGGAUGUAGUUGGAUUGAAAUUGAUGGUGUUAUACACGAGUUUCUUGUGGAGGACGAUUCUCAUCCUAGAGCCAAAGAAAUACACUCGAUGUUGACGGAAAUUUCAAACAAGUUGAGCUUGGUAGGUCAUGUGCAAGAUACUACACAAGUGUUGCUUAAGAUGGAUGAGAAACAUAAAGAAACUUUGUUGCACUAUCAUAGUGAGAAGAUUGCAGUUGCAUUUGGAUUAAUUAGUACAUCACCAAAGACAACACUUCAGAUUGUGAAAAACUUGAGAAUUUGUGAAGAUUGUCAUUCAUCGAUGAAAUUAAUCUCGAAAGUUUAUGAGCGUAGGAUAAUAAUUAGAGAUAGGAAACGGUUUCACCAUUUUGAUAAUGGUUUGUGUUCUUGUAUGGACUAUUGGUAG